GAAGGCGUGGGCCUCAACGUCCGCAGGCGCACCUGACCUGCCUCCGCCAGGCGGGCCGCGGGGCAUGCAGUCGGCCGGGGGCGGGGCUCCGAGGCCGGGGUACGCUAACAGGCUCCCCGACAGCCUCCGCCAGCUUGACCCCACCGCGCUCCUGAUGCUGCUUUUGGACGGCGACCGGCCGGAGCCCGUGCGCAGCGGGGCGCACGAGCUCGCGCUCUUCCUGACCCCCGAGCCUGGGGCCGAGGCGAAGGAGGUGGAGGAGUCCAUCGAGGGGCUGCUCCUGAGGCUGGAGGAGUUCUGCGCUCUGACUGACAUGAUCAGGAGCGACACUUCGCAGAUCUUGGAGGAAGACAUCCCUCUCCUGAAGGCCAAGGUGACGGAAGUCCGUGGCAUCUACACCAGAGUGGACCGGCUGGAGGCCUUUGUCAAGAUGGUGGGACACCACGUCUCCUUCCUGGAAGACCACGUGCUCCGGGCCGAGCGGGACCACGGGGCCUUCCCCCAGGCCCUGCCGGGGUGGAGGUGGCUGGGCUCCAGGGGGCUCCCCUCCUUCAGGAACAAGCUGCCUACGCAGGCGCCCCCAACCUUCGAGCUGCCCACGUUGUACAGGACCGAGGACUACUUUCCGGUGGACGCCCGGGAGGCGGCGCCCCCGACCGCCAGCUGCCGUCACCGUCUGUGAGCGCCGCGGCCCUGCCCCGGGGGGACGCUGGGAAGCGAGCCCCCUGGGCGGGCAGCUGGCGUUUCCUCUUCUGUUGUCAUCGUUAUUCAUUUCUUUGCUGAGGUUCCUCCCUUGCUUCGGGGGAGGCCGCGGGGUCUGGAGAAAUGUUGGAACCGGAGUGUGGCAGCCCCUCGUUGUCCACCAGCGUUGGGUGGGCGCAUCUGAGGAGCCACCGUGCCCGAGGGACAGUGGGGAUUUUCUAUUGGAAGGGCUUUGUGCGGGAGCCACGGUGGCACCAGGUCCCUCACUGGCGGUUGCCUUUGUCACAAGCCCCAGCGGCCGCUGGCAUGUGAAUCACAUCAAUAAAGGCAUC